CGGCGGCGGGCCGGGACGCUCCCGGCGCGGGGCGGCAGCACCAUGGCCCGCCGGGGCCCCGCCGCGCCCCCCGCCCGCCCGCCUCGCUGAGGGGCGCCGCCGCUAUGGGCUCCCGCCAGCCGCCGCCGGAGCCCCCGCUGGUGCUGCAGCAGCUGGCGGCGGGCGGCAGCCGGGCCCCCGAGUGGCGGGCGCUGCUGGGGCGGGCCGACGGGCUGGCGGCCGCGGGGCGGCUGCCCGAGGCGCUGCCGCUGUACCGCCUGGCGUCCCGGCACCGGCAGCUGCGGGCCGAGCAGCUGGGGCGGCUGGUGGAGUGCCUGGCGCGGGGCGUGCGGCUGAGGGAAGGGCUGCCCGCUGCCGCCAGCGGCUCCCCGCAGCAGCAGCCCCGCGACUGGGAGGUGUUCGGGUGCCGCAAGUGCCAGGGCUUCCUCUUCGAGCCCGUGUCGCUGCCCUGCGGCCACACGUUCUGCAAAAAGUGCCUGGAGAGGGAGCGGCCGCCCCGGGCCCGCUGCGUGCUGUGCCGGGAGGAGGGCGGCGCGGCGGGCGGGCAGCUCCCGCGGGUCAAUGUCAUCCUCAGCAACCUGCUGGCCAAGUGGUUCCCCUGCCAAGUGAAGGCGUCGCAGCUCCGCCACGAAGGGAACCGUCUGUACGAGGAGAAGAAGGUGCAAGCCGCCCUGCAGAAGUACAACGAGGCGCUCAGCCUAGCCCCAAACGACCACUUACUAUACAGCAACCGGUCCCAGAUUAACUCUACUUUGAAAGCCUGUGAAGAGGCAUUGCAUGAUGCAGAAACAGCAUGCAGACUUCAGCCGUACUGGUUGAAAGGUCACUUAAGGAAAGGACAAGCAUUAGCUAAUCUGGGGAAAACGGAAGAAGCUUUAAGAGAGUUCCUAUUCUGCCUUGCUCUAGAUACUGGGAACAAGACGGCCAAGUCUGAGGCUCAGAAGCUUCUACUUAGUUUGUUUUCACUCAUCCCGGGAAAUGCUCAGGAACACUUACCAGAUAUCCUGCAGCUGUUGUCACAUCACUCUAGAUUAAAGGGGAAUCUCCUAAAUUCAGUGGGAUCUGGAGGCACCAGCCAUAACCUACAAAGGUUGCUCAAGGUAAAUGUGGAACAGAAAAAGGGUUUUCCCCUUCAAGAAGAAUCAGAUGUAACUACUUCUGGCAGUUUGAGGAAAUCCAUACAAAUUACAGAGAGUAAAAAGGACUGCUUAGAGGAGGAGAACAAACUCACCUCCAUUGCAGAGUCUGCCUUUCUAAUUUCUGAUAAGCGCAACCUCCUGAAAAGGAAGGGCUGCUCAGAGGAGGUGAGAAGUACUGAGGUGCCCUGCAAGCUCAUGAAGAAAGAUGUGGUUGAUACUAAAGGAAAUGGCACUGGGCAACAUAUUCCAUUUGAAUCUGUGGAUCCAUCAGAUCUGGACUGCUCUCUGUGUAUGAGGCUCUUCUAUGAACCUGUCACUACACCUUGUGGACAUACCUUCUGCCUCAAAUGUCUUGAGAGAUGCCUGGAUCACAACCCAAAAUGUCCCCUGUGCAAAGAAGGGCUCUCAGAGUGCUUGGCUAUGAGGAAAUACUGUAAAACAGUACUAAUGGAGGAGUUAAUAGCUAGAUAUCUUCCAGAGGAACUCACCGAAAGAAGAAAGAUUUAUGAAGAAGAAAUAGCAGAGCUUUCCAACCUAAAUAAGAAUGUUCCUAUAUUUGUCUGCACAAUGGCUUAUCCUACAGUCCCGUGCCCUCUGCACAUAUUUGAGCCAUGUUACCGCCUGAUGAUUCGAAGGUGCAUGGAGACCGGCACCAAACAAUUUGGGAUGUGCAUCAGUGACCCUGUAAAGGGGUUUGCAGACUAUGGCUGCAUUCUGGAGAUAAGAAACGUUGAAUUCUUUGCUGAUGGUCGCUCUGUUGUAGACAGCAUCGGCAAGAGGAGAUUUAAGGUGAUACAGCACAGCCAGCGUGAUGGGUAUAAUACAGCAGACAUUGAGUACAUUGAGGAUCAAAAGGUGCAAGGACAAGACUAUGCUGCAUUACUUGUCCUCCACGAUUCUGUCUAUGAUCUGGCAUAUACGUGGUUUAACUCGCUCAAGCAGGCACUCAAAAGUCGAAUUCUCAGUCAUUUUGGUCCGAUGCCAGCUAAGGAUCCUGACCCACAGGCUAAUCCUAAUGGGCCAGCGUGGUGCUGGUGGGUCCUAGCUGUCCUUCCACUUGAGAACAGAGCUCAGCUCCCUUUCCUUGCCAUGAAAUCCCUCAAAGACCGCUUGAAUGGCAUCAGACGUGUCCUUACAUUCAUGUCUCGUACAAGAUCACGGUGAUGGUGAGGAGAGCUGUGAAGUCUCCCACAGUACUUGACUGUAGAGUAUUUCUUGUAACUUCAUCUAACUGCAAUAAUGUCUUACAGAUUUAAGUGUCAGGAUGUUCCAAGCCUGAAUUUCAAAGAAAAUGAGUUAUAAAGAUCAAGGGAUGCUUAUGGAUACUUCAGUAGUUUCCAUUUGGAACUCUGAGAUGAUUUUUCAAUCACUGCACUGCUAAAUUAAUAACAAAUGUGAUAGAACAAAAAGUGAUCUUGUUUGCCAUAAACCUUUUAAAAAGCUUAAGAGGUUUUUAAUUUAUUUUUAUUUUUAUUUUUUGUAGUGGAUAAAGGAUAAACUGCAGCUUAAUGUGAAGCAGAAUUAAUAAUGUUUAUGCAUUAUUACAGUGAACUGCAAAGUCUUUUCCAAUGGUUCAGGUUUUAUAUAGCAUUGUGUAUAAUAAUGUUCACAACUUCCGUUUGAUAAUUUAUUUUUGCACUAUGAUUUUUUUUGUUUCAAAGUGUGUAUUAUUUAUGUGUUCAUUCUCUAAAGGAACGUGAGCUGCUCUAUUUAUUUAGUGUUUUUACCCUGUAUGUACAACUGGGGGGAAAAUUAUGAUUCUGGCAGUGCACAAAAACUGCUUUGAUCACUUUUCAAAUACUUGUGUUCAAGUACUUUGAAUGUUUUUCUACUUGUCCCCAGUUCUACUGUAGCCUAAGGAAUUUUUUCUCCUGAAACAGCCUGCCAUGAAGUCUUUGUAUACACAGACUCUGAGAUAAUUCAUGCACAGUUGUUGGAGCUUGAUCCUAUGCUUGCAACUAGGUCCCUGAUACCACAAAGCAGUCAAGCACAUACUUAACAUUAAGAAUGGGUGUUUAAAUGCUUGACUAAACCAAGGUAUCGAUCAGCUGUUGGCAGUGGGAACUGGGUGACAGAAGGUUCCAUCCCCUAAUGUUGCAAAGAAUGGAGAAUAUCUUGGAGUUGAAUUUAUAUCUGAACCCUUCCUUGCAAGAAAGGAUGAUGGCUACAAACAACUGCUAAAGAGUGAGCUGCACUCAGUGGCUACUCCUAAAAAUGAAACUGGAAGGAUUGGUAUCAUUUCAUUGUAGGAUAUGACAUAGAUCUUUUUUACAACUACUCUUGUUACUGUUGAGAUAAGCUUUAUUUUUUUCGUAAGUGUUUGGGACUUGGUUUUGGAGUGUGUGUGUGGGUGGAGGGAGGGUUAUUUUGAACCACAGGACUCAGAGGGCAGUUUGUAUCACAUGAGAAGGAAAAUGUAAUAAAUACUAUUUAUUUAUUUCACCCCAAUCUUCAGGCUUCUGUUAGCUUCAAAUCUCUACCCAGACACUGCAUUUCUCUUAACAGAGAUUGGUCAGUGUUGUUAAAUAGUAGUUUAACUUAACCCCUAAGGAAAACAAGUGCAUUUUUGGGUGAUCACUUCUAGCUGUAAAGCAGGUAAAAACAGGGCAAAAAUAAGAAUAGCAGUAACUUAGGUGUUUUGUUCUGUUCUUUUGUUGUUGCUUAAAUCAACAGUUUGUAUACAUUUUUGGCUUUUUGAUUUCUGUCUACCACUUUCAGCGUGAGCAGAACAGGGCCUUUUAUUCCUAGCUACUGUUUUCAGUGGCAAAAAGAAACAAAACAAAACCCUGAAACUGUUGUGGAAUGCUACAAAUUUCCUUAUUUUAUCCCAGGAUAGCACCAAUUGCCAUUCCAUGCCUUUAUGGAAAAAUGCCGUAGAAUUUAAUGUUUGUGUUUUCCCCAUCAUUAUUUCAUCAGAAACAUCUAUUAAGAGUAAUUUCUGUACUGUUAACUUUCCAUAAAAUUAUCUUUGUUCCCCCUCUUGUUAAAUUCUAUAGGACUUUUCCAUAAGGGUACCAAAGAAAGAAUGGAAGACAAACACAUUUCAGCCUUGUGAUGCAAAUGGAAGAUGUAUUCUGUAUUUGCAUUUAGCUACUCUAGAAAUGCUACAACUUGUUUCCAUACUGCUAGAUUGCUGCACUUCUGACGUCUUCUGUAGGUGGUACUUUACAUGCUUCUCUGUGAACAAUGUAUAGAAAUACAUACAUGUUCUGAACAAUAACAAGUGUAUGGUGGCUGAGACCUGCUAUAGCAUUUGUCUUCGUAAGUCAAAAAGUGACUCCUACUUGUUUGGAAAUGAAGCUGCAUUAAAUAUAAUUCUUCCUUAAACUAUUACGUAUUAAUGCAUAACAAGGAGCCCACAUGGCUCCCAAAGAAAUAAGCUGGCACUUAGUUCCUCAUAUCUGUGAGAAAAGGACCUUAAAUAUCUAUUUUACUGUUUUCUCACUGAUCUUACUAUGUGUUGUUUUUUUUUCCCUGCACGCUACAUCUUCUGCAUACUCAUAUUCUGCCUAUUUUGUUAAUUCAGAAAUUGCCAAGGAAAGGAUCCUUGAUUUUAUAAGCAAAUAUUGUCUUUCUUUACUAGGUUUGAGUAAAGCUGUCAAUUUUCUAAUUAGAAAUUUGCGUAUAAAUGCACUGUAUUGUGAACACCCAGUGUAUUUGGUGUAGCCUGGAAACACUGGAACUACUGCAUACAAUGCAUACAGUUGACCUGCAUACAGACAACAGAUCAAGUACAUAAAGUUCAUCAGUACAUGUACAGUACCGUUCUGUCUGGGACUGCUCUGUGGCCACACAUCCUAGAUUAAUUGGUAGUCUGCAAAUUCCCUCAGAGGAAAAAAAGAAAAUGUGAGGAAACAAGUUUCCUAGAGAACACAAAGCUGUCCAGUAAAAGCUGGACAAGGAGUAGCCUUAGCCUUCAGUGAGUUGAGAUGGUUGUUUAAGUAAUGAGGUUUAAAAAACUCUUUAGUUAUGCCACAGUAUGGGUGACUUCUGUAGUUGUAGUAAUCAAUACAAGGAUGUAACUGCAACAUUUAUUACAGGCAUAAGUAAACAGAUAACCAGAUUUAAAAAUACCUUCACUUCAAUAAUAGAAAUGGCAUUGAUCAAAUUUAAUGGGGGGAGUAUUUUAUUGAUGCUUCUUACUUUGUUCUAGGUACCUACUUUGUUUCAACCACUCUUGCUGACUGAUUUCAAGGAAAAAAAAAAAAAGGCACUCUGUAAGGCUACGUUUCCUCUGCGGUCAGAAGUAUUGAUUUUGUUAUGAGGUCAUAAGUAAUGCAUAGGCUUCUUGCUCGUCCUUCAGAGAAGGUAUUUUCCAUUGACCCUUGAUUAGUGAGUUAGGCUUACUACAGUCAACAGAAGUUCUUCAAUUCACAUAAAAAUGUGAUGAGUCCCCCUUUUUUAAAAAAUAAAUCUGUGAUGGAGAGGAAAGCCCCUAGUAGAACAAACUAAAUGCCAGUCUCCUGGUGAAUAUCAUGGUAAACCAUUCAAACAUCUGGAGACUUUGUGAAAGCUUUAGACUUGCAUUUGUGAGAUAUGGUUGUGUUCAUCAAAAAUCUUUUCACCCUUCCAUAGAUGAAGUAUUUAACAAAACAGAUUAAAAUAAAUAUCCAAGGCUGGCUGUAUCACCCUUCCAAAUUUCUGUACAUAUAUAUAGCUUCUAAUUAAAAACAGAUGACUUGAGGGGGAAGAAAUCACGGUAGUUUUUCAUUCCCAUACAUAGACAAACUUCUAACAUUUAUAGUAACUUAUGUUGCUUUGUGUAGCAAUAACUUAUGGGGAGUUGCUUCUAUGAAAGUAGCUAUUAUCUUGGCUUGCAUAACUGUGUGGAAAGUAAACUGGAGGCAGGACUGGAUUAGUCAGGAAAAAUUAUCAACUCUGAAAGUGAACUCGUACAGUUAUAGAAAGUAGUUUGGUAGUGCUAAUAACACAAUGAUAAAAUGGUGUAGCACCUGUGUGUUAGACCAUUAUCAUGCUAAAUCUAAUUGACAUUCUAGUGUUAGCUGUAAAAAAAAAAAAAAAUCUGAUAUUUUCUCUUCCACUGGCUUGUAGCAAUAACACAUAGAAGCUGUCAUACUGAAUGGCUGACCUAUUGCUUGGCCUAUGCUUCCGUCCUGUAUGACUGCUUGCAAACAGAACACCUGAACCAUGGAUUUCUUAAUCCAAAGAUUAUUUUAAUUACAAAAAAAAAUAAUGUCAUGGGGAUUUGGAUGUAGCAGGUCUGGCUUAAUUUGAGCUGUAGAAAAAGCUUUGUAAAACUAAGUCUUGUUUUAGAUGGUUUUUUAAUGAUUUCUGUUUGGUGCUGAAGUUUUACUGGUGUUUAAACUAGUGACAGACAAGAGUUGUACUUAAUUAAACACAGUGUUUAGAAAUGGAGGACAUGUUCACAAACUUAUUUAAAAAAUAUGUAAAUUAACUGCAGGGUUUUUGAUGCAUAAAAACCCCACUAGAACUAUAUGUUCUUUGGGUAGUGCUCUCCAGUCCCCUGAGUUCUUCAUUAGCUGAAAACUAAGCAGGGGUUGAGGUCAGUUAUUUUGCCAGCUUCACAACCUAGCCUGUAACUGAUGCAGCAAAUAGUUUAAGAUCUAAUCUGGAGUUUACUCCAAAGCCCAAUAAAUCAAUGAAAGUCUUAGAGGUACAAAAAGGUGAUAGUUUAGCAUAGUCACUGUUCUGAAACAUUUUGCUAAGUAAAUAUUGUCUGGGUACAAACUGAACUGCCUAGUCAGGAUUAAAAUGAGGGAUAAUACUUAAAAGAAAAACUGAACUAGUACAUUGACUUCCUCAUCCAGGUGUCAUGUGAAGUGCUUACUAAUGGUGGAGUUUCAUAAGGUCUAAAGUAACCCUCACAUAGAAGUGCCUGUAUUCUGUUAUUGCCAUUCUUGAUCUUUUUAAGAGAGUCAUAGCCAUAUAUUUUAUAAAUAUACACAUAUGCACCUUUAAAUCUUUAAAUUUGCAGAACAAAGGUUUACAGAGCAGAAGUGUAGCAAAAACAAUGUAAUAGCUUCUAUAAUUCCCUGGUGAGGGAUGGGAGAAGUACAAAAAUGAGGAGGAAGAGACUCUGUGUAAGAUGUCUUAAUUUGGCACCAUAUACUUGUCCAAUUUAAUUCCAUCAAGCUAUGUGGUUACAAGAGUGCCAGAAAUAUAUCUAUCAAGCCAUUUUAAAUAAGUUCUUUGUGGACUUGUAUAAUCCAUUGUUUGUAAAAACAUCCUUUUUGUGCACUGUAAUGAACUUGAACUGAAAUUUAAGUUAUUAUGCUCAUAUCACUGAACAGAGUACUGUUCAGCUACCUCUACAUAAGGUUGAAGUACUUUGUUUUUUUCCAGAUUUGUUCACAUUGUCAUAUAAAAUAUAUUUUUUAAAAAUCAUAGUCCAAAGAACCUGUAUGUGUUUGUAGAUGUACAUAUAACUACCUUGUACCAACAAAGUCUGUGUGGAGAGUUGUUUGCUAAUUAAACUUUUUGUGUUCUUUA